AUGAACACGCAUCCCAUGCCAGUAUUCUGUUCGACUGUUGAGGAUCCCUCACGUGAUAGAAUUCAAGAACGUUACAUCAAGAUGAAGAUCUGCCUGGCAACUAUUUGUUCAAUCGCCCUUCUUCUAGAUAACUCUGUCAAGGUCCGAGCUUCCGUUACUGGGCCGGUCCCCUUGGACGAUGAUUGUCCCAGGUGUGAAGAGUGCCAAAUGUGCUUCCAUGGAUCGUCUGGAAUUCCCGGAAUUCCAGGUAUGCCUGGAUACCCGGGGUCAAGGGGCAAUGCAGGUCAAAAAGGUGAGAUAGGACCGAUUGGCCCUAAGAGCGACCAGGGACCUGCUGGGAACCCUGGUCCUAAAGGGGACGACGGCUUGGGCCUGCCGGGCGCGAAGGGUCCAAAAGGGGCACCAGGUUUAGUCGGAACAGCCGGGCAGACUGGUGCCAAGGGUCAAAAAGGUGAGCCAGGUGAAACCCCAGACGACUCCAACAAGCGGGUAGCAUUCACCGUGGUGAAGUUGAGCGACUUCACAUCCUCAAGCCGCGAAACCCGUUUGCCCUUCGAGGGGAUCGAGACACUUCUGCCGGGUACCACCUUCGAUCUAGAUACUGGCACAUUUACCUGUAAUGUGCCGGGCACCUACGUGUUCAUGUUUUCUGUUCUGAAAUAUUUCUCCAGCAGCUCCAUUUUCGUUUUUCUUAGGAAAAACAACAACAACAGCAGUGUUGUUGCUGCCUAUUCUAAUGAUUCAAAUCCAAUUGAUCCGGAGCAGGUGUCUGGGAGCGCGGUGCUGGUUCUGCAGGGCGGAGAUACGGUUUAUCUAACAAUGGCCGGUAAAGCGCAUGGUGAUAGCGAUCACGAAACCUCAUUUAGCGGCUUUCUCCUCUUCGCUGAGUAA